AUGACUGUUGGAGGCUUCUGCGUCUUGCACCUGAUCCAAGCCCGACACGCCAUCGGCCAGAUCCCCGAUUCGACCUUCUCAUUUUGGAGAAUCAUGGGUGAGUUUUCGUGAUCCUGUGGUGACGACUGUGUGCUCUUUCUUGUUCAGGAUUUUUCUUCUUUUGAUGGAUUUUGAAGUCAAUUAUAACAUUUUGAGUACCUCAGACGACUGUUUCAUAAAUUAAUUUCAAAAACGAUGCCCUUUUUAUGAGCUACUUCAGGCAAUGCCGCAGUUUGGUGACUUUUAGACCUCAGAAAAAAAUUCUAUUGUUAUUAGGAUUUUUAUCAAACUAGAGAGAACAGUCGGCGGCCCAUUCAUAGCUCUCUCUUUAAUCCAUGCUUAUUCGAAAUUGUGUUGUUUUCUCUCUUAUAGUACCUUUUUUGGGCUUUAGAAGUACAGAAAAAAUUUUAAAGGCUGUUUCUGGUGCCGGUUGAUCUUUUUUUUAUAAAGUUUGCUGUAAUCUAAUCUCUAAAAAUCCCAGCAAGGAUUUUUGUCUGGGACAUUUUUUGAUCAGGAAAAGGUUCAACCCACUAGCUUUCUCAUCGUAAAACUGUUUCCUUUGUCUUUCCUAAUUUUUUGCUUUUGCCUUUAAAGUUUUUGUGAAGUUUUUCUGGUUUUUGGAACUCAUGCAAGCACAGGCAAAUUGAGAAGGUGCCAUAAUGUGUCCAAAAACACAGGCGAAUCGAUAAGGUACCAUAAUUUGUACAUCGUGAGACCUCCGGCAUACCUUUUAGCUAUAUCUGAACCAUCUCGGAGGUAAUUCAGAGUCUCUCUCAAGCCCCGCUCAUUUCGCUCAAAGUCCUCAGAGGUAUCCUCGAGGUACCACCGUGAGACUUUAAACCCUACGACAUAGUCGAAACGAGAAAGGGUAUCGUGAUACCCUCUGAGGUAUAUCGAAGGUUCUGAAAUCUGACGAUGGUACCUUGAGGAUACCUCUGAGCACUUCGAGCAAAAUGAAAGGGGCUUCAGGGAGACUCUGAAGUACCUCCGAGAUGGCUCAGAUAUAGCUAAAAGGUAUGCCGGAGGUCUCACGAAGGACACAUUAUGGGGUCUUCACGACCCAUUUUGAGAGGUACCUUUGUGGACACAUUAUGGUACCUUCUCGAUCCGCCUAUGAAGGUUGAGAUAAUGUUUCUUAACCUACUCUUUUCGAUAAUCUUGCAUGAUUUUUCCUUUUUUUUUCCGUCGAUUGCUCUGAAAAUUAUUUUUGUUAUUCAUUUUCUCUGAGGUUCGAGAACAUCUUGAAGUUUUUUUUUUCGAUGAUGGUUUUUUAUGUAUUUCAUAUCAAGUUCUGGAAUAUUUUCAAUCCUUGCAGGUUGCUGCUCGGAAAUGUCCGGUUUAUCUCACGUUUCUACCGGCCAACCUGACGGAAAAUGCAUCGCCACGGCGGCUGCUCUGAUCGCCGGUGGCGCUCUAAUUGGCUACUUUGUGAGAUUUCCUAAUUAGAAAAUAUUAGCAAUGGAUCUAAUUUUCAUGUUACUAUGGAUAUAGCUGAUUCACGGCCAACUUGGGACGCAAAGGGGGCGUGUCCUGUCUGCGCUCUCCACGAGCCAGGCGCUGUCUCGUGCAUUAUCGUUUCAGGACCCGUUUUUCGAUGGCUAAAGCCAGCCGUGAAUCAACUAUAGAAAGUUAUAUGUCCGCGACCAUUUGGAGUCUUUAUCAUCGCCAUUUUUCUUUCUUUUUUUGGAUUAAAUUUGAUAAAAUGGAUCGCUGUAUUCAAUUAACGGCUAGCUUGCGACGGUAAAGAGGCGUGGCCUGUAUGCGCUCUCCACUAACCAGACCCUCUCUCUUUUUAAUCGUGUCAGGACCUUUUUUUCGAUGGCUCAGCCUACUUGUUGAUUAGCUAUGUAUAGAAGCGUUGCUCGAUAUGAUUUUUAACAUUUUUGGACCAUUUCUGGAAAAAUUAGAAAAUGGUCAAGAACGAAAUAAGUUUUAGCGGAAUUUUUAAAACUUCCCGUUCAUUUUUCAAAUACUUUCUAAAAAUUCAAUUUUUUUUUUCAGGUUGGCUACAAAUUGGCGACGAAACGCGCACGCGUCAACAACUGCAUUCAGUUGGGCUGCUCCAAGGUUAUUUAUUUCUUUUAAUAUUUUCGUUGAGAAAGAAAUCUAGAUGAUCAUUUAUACAUGAAUUUCAGUUCUUCAACAAGAUUAAACGCUCGAAAAGAGCUUUUCAAUACAAAAAUGAAGAAAAUGUACCGGUUUUAGGUCGUCGACACGGUUGACGUCGAAGAUAUCGGCGAAAAGAAGGUUUUCUGCCGCUGCUGGAAGAGUGAAAAGGUAAGAAAAAAAAAACGAAUUCAGACAAUUUCGAACAGUUUUUAAACUCAGGAAACUGCCAUAUUUUCAUUUUUAGUCACUGAAAAAUGCCUUUGAGGAAUUUUUUGUGUGUUUUGAGCUGAAGUUGGGACUUUUUUUCAGAACUAUUUGCUAGAAAAUCUGAAUUUGAACUUUUAAGAAUUCGUAGAGUUUUUGUAAUUCGAACGAAAAUUUCUAUUCAAAACUCAAUAAUUUGUCGUAAUGGAGAAAAGGGAAACUUAUAUUAUAAUUAAUUCACCAUGAACCGAACGCCAGAGGGGCCCCUAUAGGGGUUUAGGAUCUGACACCUAAGCCUCUAAAGAUCAGGUGGCCCUUAUAGGGUUUUUUGUUUUUUGUCCACGUGUUUAAUGAAAAUGGGGGAGUUGAAGUGAUCCCAAGGAUCUACCGCCAGGAGCCCCUAUAGAGACCACUCUUGCCUAUUCUAAUUUUUUAGGAAUUUUAGAAUGGACCUUAUAGGGACUAGGGGAAAGAAGCCCCUAUAGAGAUUGAAAAAGUGGUUCCUACAAGGGUAAAAUCAAGGUGGUCACUACAGAGAUCGUUCAAUUUAAUUCAAAAAAGGUCAUUGUUUGUUUUUCGCAUGGAAAUGCUUCUUCACAGAGAGUUCAUAUGAAAUAUCGACUAGCACCCUAUAAAGGCCAUUUACUAAAACUUUACUAAAAAGGUUUCCAAGGGCCCCUAAGGUUGCCCCUUUAGGGACCACUUUCGAGUUCCUAAGAUUUGAGUAUUUUCUACGAUAUCCACGAUCUUCUCAGUACCUUUAUUAACGUCCAGAGCUACUAUCCAUUUUUUUUUUCAUCCCUCUUUUUCCCCUUUUUCCACCGUUUCUGUGCCAAUAAAUGAUACCAAAACGAUAAUCGGUCGCUAUAUUUUCCUUUUGUUUUCAGUGGCCCUACUGCGACGGAUCGCACGUCAAGCACAACAAGGAGACUGGCGACAACGUGGCGCCGCUGAUCGUCAAAUCCGAGAAGAAACAAUAA